AUGUCGCGACAGUCCGGUGCUCAAUCUGCUCGAGGGUCAGUCUACGCCCCAGUGCCCAUGUCUCAAGGAGCUCCUCCCGGCGGAUCUCUGGGCGCCUCAGCCUCCCAUUUCCAAGCCUCAUCCUCAGCUACCGGACCUGCACCUACGGGGGCAGCAGCUCGUCUAGCUGCCAAACAGGCCGAAUUGGCAGGACUUAGACAGUUGAAGGAACAGAGCGCUAGGCUGGCUAGGGAUGUGCAGGCUUUGGGCGAUGGAGUGGAUAGUCUUGUAAAUGGUGGAGAUGGUGAGUUGUCAGCUUGUCCGAUGCGAAGCCAUAGUCAUCGUGUCGUGAUGAAGAGGCAGGCCAUCCUUGAUCAUAUGCGGAAUCGUAUGCGAUGCUGGGAGUGGAGGAGUGCUGCAAGGCAAUUCCUUUACCGAGAGGCCGCAAGCAACCCUUCUGCGAUCAUGGAAAGAUGCUAGCUAGCUCCAAACCCCAGAUGCACUCAGGGUCCUGCUCGCCGAGUGUAUACUCAAAUCAUCCCGCGCUCAUUCUUCUACCUUCUCACCGCACAUCGCAGCCGUCGCAGCAGUUCUCUCCAGCUGGCAAGGCGUAUUCCGAGCAAUCCAACUAGCUCAAGGUGAGUCGUGUCCUUCCUUCAACCGUCGUCUGAUGUCUCUCUCCUCCUUACUGACCCCAUCAAAUGUUGCACAACCCAACUCCCGAACAUGGGGGAUAAAAGCCUCUACAUUGAGCCGUGACGCAGGUCUGGCAGAUACGGAAGAGACACCAGGAACUGCGACUGGGACGUCCUUCGAGGCUGCUUUGCCAGACACCUUGGUACGCAUUCCCGUCGAUGGACCGGGUGCGGAGGCCAGCGCAGCGGAGGACAAUAGCGCGAGGGAAGAAUGA